UCUCAGAUUUCCAGCAAUGAUGAAAGCUUUUGCAAGUUGGAUAUUUGGAGCUUUGAUUGGUGAAACUGCGGCAGAAGGAGUGGUUGAAGUCCUGCAACCCUUGAGAUCAGCGCCGUUGCAACACUUUUUGAACUGGGAAGCGUACCUUUUCACGGCGGAGGUGCAGCUGCAUGAUGUCACUUCAGAGUUGCGGAUGCGGCUGCUACAGGCGCAGGACAAGGUGUGGGCUGCUGCAUCAAUUCCAGAACUUAGGCUGCAAGUGAACCUUAGCCGCUGGCCGGAUGGGCAAGCACUGUUGCAACAAGCCAUUGCGCCGCAGUCCCUGCAAGACAUAGGAGUGGUGUUGAACAUGGUCCAGCAUUUGUACAACACUUUUUCCAACGACUUCGAAGACAUGAAGACCAAUUUGAAUUACCUUCAACGAGAAAUGGAUGGCCAAGCUCAUCACUUUGCAGUGAAUCUGGAAAUUGUUCUGAAGCAAGCGAGCGUUUUGCUUGGACUGCUCCGUGGUCUUCCGAAUUUCUCGGAAUGUCUCUUCCAGUCCCUGGCUGAAGCCAGAGACAGGCGGCCGAGCAGCGGAAUCUAUGCCAGAGCCUUUCUAUAUUUGCAAAGCAUGGCUGCUGGUCGACCGCACGAUGGAACUGGCUUGCGCGUGCGGUUGUCAACUUUCGCAGGUGAAGAUUUCGACCCCAAGGGUGCCUUCGGUGAGAAACUUGGCGCCUUGCUGCUGCAAAGUCAGGAGAUGAUGAAAAUCCUGGAGGCCAGUGAUUUGUCCCAGAAAGUGGAGCUGGAUUGGUGCGCAGGGACCAAGCAGCUCUGGGAGGUGAACGGUCCGAAUCCCUGCAAAGUGCUGGCGACCGGCUUUGAACGUCUCUCAGGCUGGUUGCUGAAUUGGUUGGUUGGGGGUCAACCCCAACGUCUCUUGAAGAAGAUGCGCCGCAGGCAAUUUGCUGCAGCACCAAACAUCAGCCGUGUUGAAGUUUUGAGUCAGCUGCUACAUCGAAGUGCAGAAAUUUGUCUCAUUGAACCUUCAAAGAAAGAAAAGUCCAUGGAACUGCAAGAAAUUUUGAAGGCUAUUGCAGAUGAAGAGGAGAUCAAUCUUGAAAAAGAGCAUGACCUCCUAGCGGAGUCCGUUGCGAAUCAAUAUGGCCCCAGUGAGGGUCUCCACUCCACCGAUCUUCGGCACUUGGAAAGGCCCGGCUUGCUGGGCCUGGUGCGGAACUGCCUCAAAGCCCAGUGGGUCUUCGAGUCGGGGCUGCUGGCGGUGUCAACCUGGGCGGAUCGCGUCAAACGCCGUGGCAACGCCUUGCAGAACCGCUUGGCGUUGGUGAAGGCGAACUUUGAAGACCUGCAUGAUCGCUUGCGCGCCUUGCCCAGCUUUCGCCGUUUGGCCUUCGAAGAAAUCCACGCGGCGGGGCACUGGGGCCGGAAGCUCUCGGGUGGCGGCUCCAGUGCAGAAAUCACGGUGCCACUGGCGAAUCACCUGCUGCAGUUUCUCCAAACAGCACCAGGUCAAGUCGAAUCGAUGAUUGAUAUUGGCUGCGGCUGGGGCGAGUGGAUCCCUGCUGCACUGCAGAAGGGCGUUGGAGAUGGCAGAUUACCUGAGAGUUUCCGCUACCUGGGUGUGGAUAUUGCAUGGCAACCCAUCAAGCACUUGAAAGAAGUGCACAAGAACAGUUUCGCUCCAAAGUUGGAGUUUGAUGUUUUGGAUGGCGUCCAAGAUGAGCUUCCCAAAGGAUAUCAAGUGGCUUUGGUCCGAUAUGUCUUUCAGCACUUGAAUUUGAGAGAUGCUUUGAAUUUGCUCCGAAACUUACGUUCUGCCGUGGAUUUGGUGGUGCUUUCUUCUUGGCCAGACAGUGAGAACGAAGAUUUGGACAACUUUGGUGGUUCGUCUGCCUAUGCCGCCAUGGAACCUUCAAGUCUGGGGAAGUUCAAGAGUUACGACCUGCGGAAAGAGCCCUUCAACCUCCCUGCACCAUUGAGGCAUUUUUGCAAUCCAUGGCUCUGCCGGAAUUUCUGGUGGCGUUGUGUCGAGAUCCAGGUGUUUCUUUCAACGAGGCCACUGCAAGGGUACCAGGUGGUCAGCGAAAGCGGCUUGAUCUGAGAGCUGCGGAUUCGGUCGCGAAUUACGCGGCCUUCAGGCGGAUUGAUUGAAGAGCUGGAAUCGUAGGGGUUGGUAGCGGUGACGCAUUGAAAGCUGCGUAGCUUGAGGCAAAA